GCGCAUGACCGCCGGAGUCGGGUGCCAGUGCUCAGUGGGCUCUGGUCGGCGGCGAUUCACGAGAUCGAUGGAGGAGUUCUUCGAGGACAGCGAGAUAUUCGUGACGGGGGGAUCGGGUGUGGUGGGCAAGGCGCUGAUCGAGAAGCUGCUGCGCUCCUGUAACGUGCGUCGCAUCUAUGUCCUGCUGCGGCCGCGCAGGCAAAUGACGGCGGACCAGAGGCUCCUCCGUCUACGCCAGGCCACCGUCUUCCAUGUGCUGGUCGCCGAGAAGCCGCAGGAGCUGGACAAAGUGGUGGCCGUGCCUGGAGACGUCUCUCUGCCGGGACUGGGCAUCGAUCCAGCGAUGCGGGAGCGCAUGAGGGGCGUUUCCCUGGUCUACCACUGUGCCGCCACGGUGCGUUUCGAUGAGCCACUCCGGGUUGCCCUGCGACUGAAUGUCGGCGGCACCUUGGAGGCCCUCAAGUUUGCCGAGGGUCUGCCCAAUCUGAGGGCCUUUGUCCAUGUGUCAACUUUCUAUAGUAAUCCCUAUUUGAAGCGGGUGGAGCCCAAGUACUACUCCUCGCCGAUGGACUGGCGAUUGUGCCUUCGUUUGCUGGAGGAAGUCGCCGACGAUGGGAUGCUCAAUGCCCUCACAAGAAAGCUGAUCGUGGGCUUUCCCAACACGUACACGUUCACCAAAAACCUGGCAGAGUCCCUGGUAAACGACUACCGCCAUCGCCUGCCGCUGAUCGUGUACCGUCCGUCAAUAGUUCUUUUUGCGGUCGACGAUCCGUCGCCUGGUUUUUCCCCUUCCUUAAUGGGCGCCAUGGGGUUGUUCGCUUUGGUGGGCGCCGGCAUCCUGAAGACCGUCUACCUAGGCAAGGACAUCCGGCUGGACAUCACGCCGCAGGACAUCGGCAUCAAGAGCAUGCUGUGCUACACGAAGCGGGGAUCGGAGAUCUACCAGCGGGGUCCUCCGGACGAGCUGCCAGUCUACCUGUCCUCAUCCUGCACCCAUCUGCCGCACACCUUCACCCAGAUCGCCGAGCAGAUGGACACGUUGGACUUGUGGCGGGACGUGGCCUUCGAGAAGAACCUGAUGAUACCGGGAUGCCACUACACGGACCGGAGGUGGAUCUACCAGCUCCUGGUCUUCACCAAGCAGAUCCUGCCCGCCGCGAUAAUUGAUCUGCUGCUGCGGCUCUGCGGACAGAAGCCCGUUCUGAUGAGUGCGGUCCGCAAGGCCUACCAAACGCUGGAGGUGAUGCAGCCCUUCAUGUUCAAUAACUACGACAGUCCCGGAGUCACGGACAUGAACUUGCUGUCCAAGGAGCACGCGGGCACUCCGUUCAAUUUGGAUGCCUUCAAUCAUCCGGACAUCCAUGGCCUGGUGAUCCAGUGCUGCGGCGAAAUGCUAUUCAGCAUCCGAACGCACUUGCUUCGCGAAGAUCCCAGCACCCUUAGGCGUUCCAAGAUCAUCUUAAGGACGAAGGUUAUCCUCUACCGGUUGUUCCGCCUCUUCCUGCUCUACAAACUGAUACGAUGGCUCUGGACGAGCUAUUCGUCGCAGCUCUUCUAAACUGCUCUUUCUUGAUAAUAUUUUUU